UGUUUAUGAAAUAUUUUAAUGAUGUUUAUGUUUACAUAUCAAGAUGAUGAAAAUGUGACAUUUUUAAUCGAGAUAAUAAUUAAAUUUUUAAUUUAAAUCACCGCAAUUAGUCAAUUAGUUACAUAAAUAAAAAAGUUGAGUGAUAUUGAUCAAACAAUUAAACUAUUAAUUUAAAACAACAAACCAUCAACAUCCUGUCAAAUCAACAAACUUUUCAAGUAUAUAAACAGUCUUUCAUUUUCUAAAUGGUAUCGACGUCAAAAAAAGGCUUUAAAAAAUCCAAGCUGGACUUGUCGAAGCAGCAGCGAGCGGAUACAAAAGAAGCCUUCGACCUCUUCGACAAAGACGGGACCGGGAUAAUCGCGAGCAAGGAACUAAAAGUAGUUCUCCGGGCGCUCGGUUUCGAGUACAAACGCGAAGAGCUCAAGAAACUCACCUCUAAGGUCGACCCCGAUAACGAGGGUAUCAUCUCCUAUGAAGACUUUCUGCAUCUAGUCGCAGAGAAGAUGUCCGAGAAGGAUGACACCCAAGAGGUGAUGCGCGCGUUCAAGCUCUUUGAUGACGACGGAACCGGGAAGAUUACUUUCAAGAACCUAAAGCGCGUCGCCAAGGAGCUAGGAGAGACUCUCACUGAUGAGGAGAUCCAGGAGAUGAUCGACGAGGCCGAUCGCGAUGGCGACGGCGCUAUUUCACCGGAGGAAUUUCUCAGGAUCAUGAAGAAAACUUGUUUGUAUUGAGGUUGGAUCUUUUUGUGUGUUUUUGUGUCUCAGGAUUGUUUUUAUGGCAGCAAUAAAGUUUUUUAAGGUUUUGUA